CAUACACCAGCACCGCAUGCGCAUAUCCUCUGCAGGAGGACCGGUGUAUCAUGGCGACCUACGUGGACAUCCUGAAGAGCGAGUUUCCCCAAAUCGACCAAGAAGUGUUCAAUUACAUCAAAGGUGUUUUGGACUGCGGCGGGGCAGACUUUGAGGAUGAUGACGAGGUCUUCGAGGCUAUUGGUGGAGUGUUGCAGGAAGUGUCUGCCGACUGCAAGAAUGAAGAGGACAUCAGAGACAUCUGCCUCCAAAUGUUCAACACCCUCACACUGCGGAACGGCCAUGGAUCUCAGAGGCAGCUUCUGCUAGAUGCUCCCGUGCAGCUGUCGCAGAUGUCAGCCGAAUGUGUGACGAAAAAAGACGAUGUUCAGGGCAUCUGGAUGUUGAAGAGAUCACAGAACACGACCGUGGAUGCCAAGAAGCUAGAGAAGGCUGAAGCAAAGCUGAAACAGAAACACGUCAGACGUAACGACAAGGAUGGACAGAAGACGACCACACCCCUAGUGCUGGAGGAGGCCUCAGCUAGCCAGGCCAGCAAUAAAAAGGACACCCGGAUCGACCUAUCAGGACGGAACCGGAGCUAUGACAUACGCAUUGAGAACUUUGAUGUUUCCUUUGGGGAAAGGUCCCUGCUGCAGGGGGCGGAGGUGAUGCUGGCGGCAGGCCGACGUUACGGCCUGAUCGGCCGGAACGGCCUGGGGAAGACCACCCUGCUGAAGAUGCUGGCCAGUCGCAGCCUGCGCGUCCCGGCCCACAUCACCAUCCUGCACGUGGAGCAGGAGGUGGACGGCGACGACACGGUGGCGCUGCAGAGCGUCCUGGAGAGCGACACGCUGCGGGAGGGGCUGCUGCUGCAGGAGCGGCAGCUCAACGCACGCAUCGCCGCGGGAACGGCUGAUGGAGCAGCGAGUGUCCGUCUGUCGGAGAUCUACGCCCAGCUGGAGGAGAUGGAGGCAGACAAAGCACCCGCUAAAGCGUCUGUCAUCCUGGCUGGUCUCGGCUUCUCUGCUCAAAUGCAAGCGCAAACUACCAGGGAGUUCUCCGGAGGCUGGAGGAUGAGGCUAGCGCUGGCCAGAGCUUUGUUUGCAAAGCCGGACCUCCUCUUACUCGAUGAGCCCACCAACAUGUUGGAUGUACGUGCCAUACUGUGGUUGGAAAACUACCUCCAGACGUGGCAGUCCACCAUCUUGGUGGUGUCCCACGACCGUAACUUCCUCAACGCCGUGGUAACGGACAUCAUCCACCUGCACACCCAGAGGCUGGACAGUUACCGGGGCGACUAUGAGAACUUUGUCAAGACCAAAGAAGACAGACUUAAAAACCAGCAGAGGGAAUAUGAUGCUCAGUUUCAAUACAGAGAGCAUAUCCAGGUGUUCAUCGAUAGAUUCCGAUAUAAUGCCAACAGAGCUGCUCAGGUGCAGAGCAAACUCAAAUUGCUGGAGAAACUACCGCCGCUGAAGCCUCUAGAGAAGGAGACCGAGGUGUCAUUAAGGUUUCCUGAUAACUUUGAGAAGUUGUCUCCGCCCAUCCUCCAGCUGGACGAGGUGGAGUUCUACUACACACCCGAGCGUCGCCUCUUCACUGGACUCAACGUGUCUGCCGACCUGGAGUCCAGGAUCUGCAUCGUGGGAGAGAAUGGAGCGGGGAAGUCUACCAUGUUGAAGCUCCUGAUGGGGGAGCUGACGCCUGUCAACGGAGUGAGACAAGCCCACCGGAACCUGAAGAUCGGGUAUUUCAGCCAGCAUCACGUUGACCAACUGGACCUCAACGUCUGCUCAGUGGAACUACUGCUCAACAAGUUCCCAGGACGUAAUGAGGAGGAGUACCGCCACCAGCUGGGGGGUUAUGGCAUCACAGGGGAGCUGGCCACCAGGCCAGUGGCCAGCCUGUCUGGAGGACAGAAGAGCAGAGUGGCCUUCGCCCAGAUGACCAUGCCCUGUCCUAACUUCUACAUCCUUGAUGAGCCCACUAACCAUCUGGACAUGGAGACCAUCGAGGCGCUGGCCAAGGCCCUCAGCAAAUUCAAGGGAGGGGUGGUGCUGGUCUCUCACGACGAGCGACUGAUCCGCCUGGUGUGUAAGGAGCUCUGGGUGUGCGAGAAGGGAGCCGUGCGGCGCAUCGACGGCGGCUUCGACGAGUACCGCGACAUCCUGCAGGAGCAGUUCCAGAAGGAGGGCUACCUGUGAUCCCGCCCACCGCUCCCUGCUCCAUGCCAAGGACUGAUAAACGCAAAUGCCAAUCACAUUUCAGUUCCAGUGACUCCGCCCUCCCCACCAGCUCACUUGUCGGUUGGCGGUCCAGAGGGAGCCGGUCCAAACCGGUUCUGCUGCCUUCUUGUUUAACUGUCAGCGGGCGUGGUCAGACCGUGAUUGGCCGAUCUGACAGACUCUGUUCCUCCAACAUUUAAAGCAAGACGUGAGAAAGACAUAUGGACAUUAUUAGAGAAAUAAUUUGUAUGUUUACGUCCCAUAAUAAGUUAAGCUGUUAUAAAAAACCUGCUAAUAAAUACCAUCACCUCCUA